AGUGACGUCAGUGCCUAGCGCCGAAUGUUUACGUGGAGAUGGGAGAGAGCUGUGGCCGCUAACCGUGCAGUGUUCUUGUGUGUGCAGGAGGCAUGGACGAGGAGGACCAGGAGAGGAGGAGGAAGCUGGAGGCCGGCAAAGCCAAGCUUGCCCAGUUCAGACAACGCAAGGGGCAGACUGACAGCCAGGCUUCCGCCAAGAAGAGCAAGAAGAAGAAGACCUCCUCUGGCUCCAAACAUCGGGAGCAGCCUGAAGAAAUUCCAGAAGUUGGCUUAUCCCAGAGCGAUGAGACCCCAUCGCAGACGGCUCCGAGCGGAGCCAGUACCACUGCCGAGUUCACCAUCAUGAGAACGAUGCCUCAUGGCGAGAUGAUCCAACAUGACAAGACCUACACCAUUGAGCCUGAAAGUGAGGUGUCCACCACGGCCGAUGAUUAUAGCUCUGAGGUGGUUGACGGUUUGCCGCUGACAGCAAACAACACAGCCCACACCCCAUGGGAGGAAGAGUUCGAGGUGCGGGAAACGUUCUGCGACCGAGGUACCCAGAGCGCCCUUUCGCGGCUCGAGGUGAUGGAGGAUGAACUGGUCGGGAAGCAGCAAGAAAUCGAGGAGUUGAACAGAGAACUGGAAGAGAUGAGGGGGGCCUAUGGAACCGAGGGAUUGCAACAGCUCCAGGAGUUUGAGACGGCCAUAAAACAGAGAGACGGCAUCAUCACCCAGCUUACUACCAACCUCCAACAAGCCAGGAAGGAGAAAGAUGACACCGCGAGGGAGUUUCUGGAACUGACCGAGCAAAGCCAGAAGCUGAAGAUUCAGUUCCAACAUAUGCAGGCCAGCGAGUCGCUGAGGAACACGAGUCACUCAAGUACAGCCGUCGAUCUCCUUCACUCUAAACAGCAGAUCAUUACUUACCAGCAGCAGCUGGAGGAGCGUGACCACCGACUGAGGCUGUGCCAGAAGGAGAUUGAGGACUUUCGUGCCCAUGUCACAUCACUGCAAGAUCAGGUUCAUGAGGUUCAGCAGGUGCAGAAAAAAGAACUUGAAUUCUCUUAUGAACAAAAGCUGAACGAGAAGGACUUGCUGCUUGAUAGUCUGAAAUCAACCAUACACAAUGAAGAAAUCAAGAGCCUGGAACUGAAAGAAAGGAUCGCCGAAAACGAGAAAUCCAUCGAUGGACUGAAAGCACAAUUAACCCAGAAGAGCCAGGAAAUCGGCAACCUUUCCGAAGAACUGAACAGCUCCAGACAAAAGGAGAGGAGAUCCUCCGACGAAAUCAAGCAGUUAAUGGGAACGGUGGAGGACCUUCAGAAAAAGCAUUACAGAGACAGUCAGUCAGAGGCAGGCCUUCUGCAGCGAAUAGAAUUGGAGACACAAAGGAAACUGGAGCAGCUUCAGGCUGAGCUAGACGAGGUGCAUGGGCAGGAGAUUGUACAGAUGAAGCAGGAAUUGGUCAAGCAACACACGCUGGCGACUGAGAGGCUGCUUGCCCAGCACAGGCAAGAAGUGAGCAGCGUAAUGAGCCAGGCAGCCAUCAGCACCUCCACGCAACAGAUCAAUGAGCUAAACGUGAUCAUUAGUGAAUUAAACGCUAGAUUGCAGCAAUCCGAUGAGCAGAGGGAUAAAAUGAAGGAGGAUUUCUCUCACAGAAUACAGGCCACUUCAAAGGAGAAAUCGCAGCUACAGAUGCAAAUCGAGGACCUGCUGCAGGAUCUGAGCUAUGCCAGGGAGCAGGUGCACAAAGCCAGGGAGAGCCUCACCGAAAAGGAAAACAAAUUGAACGCGGCCAGCAGUUUGUUCGUCACUAUUGACAAUCUAAAAGCUGAACUGGCCACAGCCAAUGAAUUUACCAAAGAAUUAGAAUCAAAACACGAGGCCGAGGUGACCAAUUAUAAGAUCAAACUGGAAAUGCUGGAAAGAGAAAAGGACGAGGUGUUGGACAGGAUGGCAGAAUCUCAGGAAGCUGAAUUCGAGAAACUUAGAACACAUUUCUUGUUCAGCCAGGAAGAGGAACUCACAAAGCUCAAGGAGGACUUAACCCGAGAGCACAGAACCAACAUUGAGAAUCUCAAAGAUAACUUAGAAGUGCAAUAUAAGAAGCAGAUGGAUCAGAUGAAGCAAGAGACGAGUCAGACUAUCACUGCCAUGCAGUCGGAAAAAGACAGCUUAAUAACCAAACAGAAUUACUUGAUGCUGGAAAUCUCCAAAUUGAAAGACUUGUUGCAGUCUGUCAAUGAUCCGAAUUCAGAACAAAUGAUGAUGCAAAUUAACGAGCUGCAAAAAGAGCUGGAGUGUAUGAGGAGAGAGGAAAAGGAAAAAGGAACAAUGGAGCAAGAGGUUCAGGCGCUGCAGCUUAGAAUUGAAACCCUUGAGAAAGAGGUCAUAGAAAAAGACACUCUAAAGCAAAAAGUGGCAUCUUUGGAGACAGACAAUAGACUUCUAAAAGACCAAUAUGAUGUCUUGAAAGCGCGCAGCACUGGAAACUGUGAAAAUCUGACAGACUCCGAAAGUUCUGACCUAAAGAAUAUGAUUGAACGGCUGACUUCAGAAAAUGCACAACUCAGGAACCUGGAACAUCAGCUGAGAGAAGAAAUUGAACGUCAAAAGAACACAUUCUCCUUUGCCGAGAAAAACUUUGAGGUCAACUACAAUGAGCUAAAAGAGGAAUAUUCCUGUCUGGUAAAAUUGAAGGAACAACUGGAAGACGGCAAAGCUAAGCUUGAAGAUGAGUAUAAAACAAAGUUAGAUUCUCUUAAUAAUGAGAUUGUAAAGUUAAAACGGGGUCCCCAGAAGGAGGCCCACUUGAUUGUCUCUGGAGCUUCCAACUUGGUCAAAGCUGACAGAUCGGAGGAUGGAGAGGUUGUAGAGAAAGACACUACAGAACUGAUGGAAAAGCUAGAGACUGCCCAACGGGACAAGCAAGAACUUUCUUUGAAACUUUCCGAUCUCUCUGAGGAGUUACAGUUGAAACAGAAUGAAAUAAGUCAGUUAAAAGAACAAGUACAAUUGCUAUGGGUAGAAAGAGACACUACUAAAAUAGAGGAGGUAGUGCUAGAAUUAGACAGUGAACCAAUCCAUAGGGAUGGCAACAUCCCAGUUCAUACAGAACACUCUACAGAGUGCAGUCUGGUUGUAUCAGAUGAUGCUUCUCAUUCUCUAGAAUGUUUAACGGAGGAAACUAUCCAUCCAACUAAAGUGCAUUUAUCACCUCAAACCUACAGUUCCAAUCAGGAAUCUGUUAAUAUAUUAAUAGAAAGGGAAUCUUUGCUUCAAAGAAUUGAUGAAUUAACUAGAAAACUUGAAGAAGGAUCUUUCAUUUUAGAAAGCACACAUUUGGAAAAUAAAGAAUUGCAGCAGAAACUGGAUACAGUUCUUCAGGAGAAGGCUGAUACAGCACUGCAGCUGGAAGCACAGCGUAUUAGCCUUACUCAGAUCAACAAAGCUCAGCUUGAGCUCAUCAACGAAAACGUCCAGAGUGAAAAGAAGAGUGAGCUGUGCAGCCUCAGAGAGACACUUCUCAGAGAUCAGGAGGAGAAGACAAGGGGACUGCGGGACCAACACCAGAGGGAGCUAGAGAGACUACAGCCACAACACACAGGGUGUGAGGAAGCUUCUUGUCAGGAUCUAACACAAAGGCUGAUGAAGAGAGUCUGCGAUGAAAGCGCUGAUAUCAUUCAGGUUGUGCUUGGUAAAGAGAGAGAACAGGAAAACCGAUCGCUGCAAGAGAGAAGAGAAGAGGAGAUGACUUACAGCACAUCCUUAUCCCUGCGCAGGACCACAGUGCAAACUCUGCAGAGCAAUCUGAGCACACUGCUGGAGAAGUUUGUAGAAGAAUACAAACAGAUGGCUGAUCUAUCCACAUAUAUAGGAAAGACAGCAGAUCUUCCAGUGAAUAGAGAGCAGCCCGACAUCCCUCAGGUGAAGCAGAUUGUGAUUAUUUCCCAGGAUUCAGCUCCAAGUCAAUCGGACGUCCAGGAACGGUUGACCAUCCCACCAUCUGAGGAAGCCGAGAAGCUUAAAGCAAAGUUUAGGCUGCAGAGAGCACAGCUGGAAGAGAAGCACUCUGGAGAAAUCGAGUACCUGCGUUCCUAUUUCCAGCAGCAACUGAAAGAAAAUGAAGAGCGUUUCUCCAAAGAGAUAAUUCAUCUGCAGGAACGGCUCCAGGACGUCAGUGUCAGCCCUCUUCCACCCAGGGAUCUCUGUGCAAAUGAGCCCGGAGCUGAGCUUGGCUUCCAAGAAGAGACCAUAUUCCAGAGUGUUUAUCAUUCAUUUGCUGAAAUACUGAAGGUAGAGGAAACUGCUCAGAUGGGAGACUCCUCACUAAGGACGCCCAUUGGGCCCAUUUAUCAGGAGCUGCAAAGCCUAAGGCAGGCCUUGUUCUCCAAAUAUGUGGCGGAAGUUAUCGCUUUAAAAAAGCAACACAAGGCAGAAUUGGAUCAGCUGAGAGUCGACCUGACGGAGAAUUUUAGCGUGGAGAAGGCAGCUCUGAGGCAGGAAAUCGUCCAGCUAACAAGAGCCAAGCAAGAGACUGUAAAUGGCGGUUUCCAGCCUUCCUUGUGUCCAAUCACAGAGGAGAAGAGCGAUGCGGACCUCAGUCAGUUGCUGGAGGAGCGCUACCAGGAAAAGAUUGAGCAAGAAAUUGCACGAGUUAUCGUUGAGAUGUCGAUUGCAUUUGCCCAACAAACUGAGCUUGCUCGACUGUCCUCCCUGGAGGUGGCUGAGGAGCAGAACUUUUCCCAGGAUCAGACUGCAGCCCCUGAACAGGACGCUGAUAGUCAGACACCGGAUGCACAAGAAGAGCUGGAACAGGAGGGCAUCCAGCUAAAAGAUCUUCCAGUGACUGAUACUAGUGAUGUAGAUUUAGAUGUUCUUCAACAAGAAGAUCCAACACCUGGACAACAAGAUACCAAAACUGAAACAAAGACCCAGCCCAAAGAAAGACCCAUGCUUCUCAAAGAGGAGGAGGAACAGAGUGCUGUAAUGGGUGCCGAGGCUACCAAAUAUAAGCAAAUGUAUGAGGAGCGGGUGGAGGAAAUGAGACAAGAGCUGGUGAGACAGGAACAGGAAUACCAGCAGGCCGCGGAGGCUCUGAGACUGGCACAUGCCGCACAGCUGGAGAGACAAAUGUAUGACCAGGAGCAGCUGCUCUCUGAGGUGCACAGGCUGAGGGAACAGCUAACAGAGAACGCCUCGGUGAUCAGCGAAAAGCAGGCCAUAGAGAGGGAGAAGCUUCUUCUGGAAGAACUGGAGUCCAUGAAGCGGACGUGUGCUGAAGUCACGGGGAGGACACGGGAUUGUAUCCUGCGGGAUGGCAGUUCUCAGACACAGGAUGAACCAGUUGCUGAUCCAGAGAAAAGAGAGCAAGUGUUAGAAUGUGGAGAAGAAGAGAAGGGAUUGGAGGAGAGCGAGACGGAGGACCCCAGCAGUGAGAGGAAAAGCCUAAGGAGGGUAAAUAAACGCCUUCUGAAGAUUCUGCUGGAAAUCGUGAAGACAACAGGGGCAGUAGAGGAGACUAUAGGAAGACAUGUUGUUGGACUGCUGGAUAAAUCAGGCCGGAGAUCCUCCACGUCCAAGGUGGUUGUCUGGAACCUGGAACAAGGAGACCUACAGGCCACAUCUGCUGGGACAGUCACUGUCAUCGAUGCUGAUGGUGCAGAGGCCUGUAGUGGGUUGAAGGAUGAGGUCCUUUGGUCAGAAGACACUGAGGAAGAUCUGGAUGUCCCCUUGGAGCUGACGGAAGCAGACUUUCCCGGGACAGGUUUCGGCCCAGAAGAGGAAGCUCAGGUGUUGAAUAUCAGUGGGCGACUUCAGUCUGCUGUAGAGAAACUCCUCGAGGCCAUCAAUGAGACCAGCAAUCAGCUUGAACAUGCCAAGGCAGCGCAAACAGAAUUGGUGCGGGAAUCCUUGAAGAGGAAACAGGAGACUACUGACCUGCUCCGAUGCCAGGAGGAGCUUCAAGAAAGACUCAACGAGGAGGCCAAAGCUACAGAACACUUAGCCCUAGAACUGAGCAAAGCUGAAGGCCUCCUCGAUGGAUACACAGACGAGAGAGUCUUUCUUGAGAAGCAGAUGCAGGAAAAAAAUGAUCUUAUCCGGCAUCUGGAGCAGGAGCUGCAGAGUACAGGUAACAGAUUGCAGGAACUGGAACAGGAGCGGCAGCAGAUGCAGGAGGAGAAGGAGCUGCUGUCCCGCCAGAAACUUGCUCUGAAGGCCAGUGCAGCACCCGCCGAACAACGCUUAGUAGAAGCUGCAGCCGUUGCAGCUCCCAAAGAAGAGCUCUUGGAGGAGACUGAGAAGCUCUUGAAGGAGAAGAUUGAGGUCCAACGUCAAGCAGAGAAGGACUCGGGAGACCUUCACAAGCAAGUGAAAGUGCUGGAGGUGGAGCUUGAGGAACAGGUCAGCCAUAACAUGGAGAUGGAACAAGAAAAGAAUACCAUUCUGGAAGACCUGCGUCAAAAGAACCUUUCCCUGGAGAAACAACUGGAGAAGACCCGCAGGUUUUUAGAUGAACAGGCAAUUGAUCGGGAACAUGAACGAGAUGUGUUUCAACAAGAAAUUCAAAAGUUGGAGCAGCAGUUGAAAAUGCCACAAAGACAUCAACCUGUUAACGAACAUCAGAGUAAUGAGGUGGAAAAGCUGGAAAGUCACCUGAAGGAGAAGACUGACAAAUGCAGUGAACUGUUGUUGUGUAAGGAGCAGCUCCAGCGUGAUGUUCACGAGAGGAAUGAGGAGAUCGAGAAGCUGGAGUGCCGGAUACGAGAGCUGGAGCAGGCUCUGCUUAUCAGUGCUGACACUCUGCAGAAGGUGGAGGACAGAAGACCAUCUCUUGUUGGGGCCAAAGGAGAAAUGCCUCUUGAGGCUCAGCUCCAGGUGGAGAGAGAAGCCAUAGACAGGAAAGAGAAGGAGGUCACCAACCUGGUGGAACAGUUGGAGCAGUUCAGGGAAGAGCUGGAGAAUAAAAAUGAAGAGGUACAGCAGCUGCACAUGCAACUGGAGAUCCAGAGGAAAGAGUCCGCCACCCGUCUGCAAGAACUGGAACAAGAAAAUAAAGUUUUAAAAGAUGAACUUGAAAUUACACCAUCUGAUGAGACUUCAUCAACCACUGGAAUUCCCGUUGGACAAGGAAAAAUGGAUGAUCUGUUACUCUCUAAAGAUCAAGAAAUCUUGCUUCUUAGUGAACAGAUCAGAAAUCUGCAAGUGCAACUUGAAGCUGCAACCGACAACAAGGAGAUUGAAGAAAAGAAUGAAAAAAUGAAGCAAUACAAGAGUCAAAUUAAGUGCUUGAAAAGCGAUCAGGAACGUCUGAAGAAGAACAGUGAGGAAGAGAUAGAAAAACUAAAUGAAGUUAUAGAGAAGCUUCAAGAGGAAUUAUCUUUUAUAGAGCCAAAAGUAACUGUGAGCUUCACUAGCAUGGCUGAGAUAACUGGUAGCAACACAUACCAGGAUGCAGAUCUACCACCACUGGCUGAACAUGCUGAUUUGAAUGUUGACAACACAGUGUUGGAUAAUGAGGAAUGUGAAAAGGAAGAACAGUUUUUAACGUCCCCACGUGUAGCUCAAAGUUCUGUGUCGGACAUUGAAACUAGUCUGCAACAGCUCCAGGAAACCAUUAAAGACAAAGAUCUGAAUUUGAAAAAGUAUUAUGAACAAAUUAUGACACUCAAAGAGGAGACCAAAGUAUUACAUGAGACUAUGGAAAGACUAAGGCUAGAACUAGCAGAAAAAGAUCAGAAUAUUAAAGAUACUGCAAUUUCCAAGAACCUUACCAGCUCUAUAAGCCUAGAAACAUCAACAUGUCCUCCUUUAGAUAGAACAGAUGAGACUUUCAUUAACCAUGAAUUGGAAGCAACCAAAGCAGAGCUAAAACGGGUUAAGGAAGAACUGGAAAAACUGAGAACAUCUACAGAAAACACAAUUUCUAAUGAAUUGGCAGUUGUCAAAACAAAAGAAGAGAUUGAUAUAAAUUCCACAGCUAGUAUUGAGAAUUUGACUGAAGCUUUGAGAGAAAAAACUGCUCAGCGUUUGACCGUUGAAGCGUUGUUUGAGUCCGUGCAAGAGACUUCCCAGAAUACAAUUUAUCAUCUGCAAUGCCAGGUGCAGGAUCUUCAGAAAACUGUUCAAGAGAAGGAAUCCCAGCUACAAGAACUAGCAAACAAAGCUCAGGUCUUUGAAAACCAGGAGGCACAGAGACUGAAUGAGGUCAUCAAAAAGUUGCAGUUGGAUUUGACGGAGGUAGAAGGGAAGAUUUCAGAGGCAUCUAAAAAUACAACAAAGGAUGGGGAGAGCCAAACAACCCAUAAUGAAACACCCAAUGCAAAUGCAGCAUCAUUGCAUCAGAAGAUCGAAACUGAUGACGAAAAAGCAGUUCUGUCAAAAGAAGUUGAGGAUGCUAAGAAGGAGUUGACUCUUUUGAAAGAAGAGCUUAAGCAUCUAAGAAAGUCUAAAAAACACAGUGACAAACCUGAAGGAAAUGGAUCUAGGGAAGAUGGUACUAGACAUUCAGACCUUGAUGUAACCGAUCCAGAAAGUUCUGCAACUAAAAAAACAGUACAAGCAGUAGCGGGCCAGUCCUUACCUGCAGAUACAGAAAAGACCACACCAACUACUGAAAUAAAUAUGGAGUCACAACUUCAGGAACUUAAGGAGGUUAUAAAACGAAAAGAUUUAGAGCUGCUGCAGUAUAUAAAUCAAAAAGAUUUGCUUCAUGAUCAAGCACAGAAAAUUGAACUUCUAAAUGAAGAGAUUGGAAAACUUAAGCAGGAUUUGGCAGAGGAAAGUUCUGAUCUAAAGAUAAAUGCUACAACAAGUUUAGUAAAUUCUAAAGAAAGACUGGAAAACAUUGAGAGUGAUGAACUGGCUCAAGCGAAGGCAGAACUUGAGAAAAGAGAAAUUGAACUUGCUGUUUUGGUGGAAGAACUGACAAAUCUCCGGAUGGCCCAAAAACAUGAUGAUGUGACCAUUGAAAGUUGCUCCACACAGGUUGAUGUUGCCAAAGCACCACUUAUGGUGACUGAUCUAGAACAGGCAUUGAAGGAAAAGGCAGCAGAACUCUUUGAAAGUCAAAUGAUAAAUGUAUCUUUGGAGGAAACUACUCGGGCUACUCUUCAUGCGAUGGACUUGCAGUUGCAAGAACUUCAAAAAGUUGUUAAACAGAAGGAUUUAGAACUUGAGCAGUACGUUCAACAAAAAGAUUUGCUUCAUGAUCAAGCACAGAUAAUCGAACAGUUAAAUGAAGAGAUCAGAAAACAGAAGCAAGAUUUGGCAGAGGCAAGUUCUGAUUUUAAGAUAAAUGCCACAGUAGGUUCAGUACAUUCUAAAGAAAUGUUGGAAAACAAAGAGAAUGAUGAACUUAAUCAAACAAAGGCAGAACUUGAGAAAAAAGAAAUGGAACUUGCUGCCUUGACACAAGAACGGUCAAAACUGCAGAUGGCCCAAAAACACGAUGAUGUGACUGUUAAAAGUUCCACCACACAGAUUGAGGUGGACAAAACGGCACUUGCAGUGGCUGAUCUAGAACAAGCAUUGAAUGAAAAGGCAGCAGAACUCUUAGAAAGUCAAAAGUUAAAUGUAUCUUUGGAAGAAACCACUCGGGCUACUAUUCAUAAGAUGGAGUUGCAGUUGCAAGAACUUCAAAAAGUUGUUGAACUGAAGGAUUUAGAUCUACUGCAGUAUUUUCAGAAAAAAGACCAGCAGAAGAAAGAAGUUGACCAGCUGAAUGAGAUUAUUAGAACACUUCAGCAGGAACUGGCACAGAGUGGUUCCGACUGUGAAAAGGUAUUGCCUCAAAAAAACGAAUUGGAAAGAGAAGAGCUCAUGCAAACAAAGGCAGAGCUAGAGAAAGCAAAGACAGAUCUGGCUGUUUUGCAGGAAGACCUUUCGAAAGGUAAUUUGGCUAAGCAAUAUGACAGCGUAAGUAAUGGAAACACAUCUAGAGAAGGUGAAGCAGCAGUGACUGAUCUAGAGCAAGCUCUUAGAGAAAAAACAGCAGAGCUCCUAGAAAGCCAAGCCAUGCUUGUAUCUCUGGAUGAGACCACACAAGCUACCAUCCAUAGCCUGGAGUCAAAUUUACAAGAACUUCAGAAGACUAUACAGCUGAAAGACUCGGAAUUGAUGCAAUAUGUAAACCAAAAAGGUCUAAUAGACCAUCAAACAAAAGAAAUUGAGAGACUAAACAAUUUAGCUAGCAUGGACAUGCAUAAUUCGGAAGAUACAAGUCCUACUGUCAGGAAUGGUGAAGAAAAGUCUACGGAAGCAUUACAGGAACUGUUGUUGCAAAAUAAGGCAAGUUUAGAUGGUAGUGAACUGAUGCAAACAAAGGCGGAGCUUGAGAAAACUAAAAUGGAAUUGGCUGCUAUGUCGUUGGAAAUAUCAAAAAUUAGAUUGUCUCAGAAAAAUGAAGACAUGCCAGAUGGCAACACUCCUAAGGAGGGGGAAGUUGUUAUUAUAGCACAUAAAGUCACCAAUCUAGAACAAGCAUUAAUGGAGAAAACAGCUGAUCUUUUAGCAAGCCAAACAUUACUUACAUCUCUGGAGGAGACCUCACAAACAACCAUACACAAUAUGGAGUCACAGUUACAAGAACUUAAGAGAGCGGUACAACUGAAGGAUUCAGAAUUAUUGCAGUAUUUGAAUCAGCAAAACAUACUCAACCAGCAAACUAAAGAGAUUGAGCAUUUAAGUGGUGUCAUAGACUCCCUUCAGAAACAACUAGAAGCAGCACAACAGAGGACCUCUGUCCAAGAAAGCAAAUCUAAAAAACUAGAGACAGAACAAAUGAAUGGUGGUGAGAUGACCUUUAUUAGGACAUUAGAUGCCAAAGCUGAGAGAGAGUAUGAGGAACCUUUUGGACAACUGUAUAGUGCUCGGGAAAGGAUACACACUCUAGACAGUGGUAAAAGAAUGUCUGACGGAGAUGUGACCGCUGUUAUGGAGAACGAAGACCAAUGUGAUUGGAUGAUUGAAGCUUUAAGAGACCAGAACACAGAACUCUUAGCAAGCCAGUCUUUAUUUACAGAGACCAUGCAGAAUACAAUAGACAGCUUAGAGACUCAGCUGGAGGAACUCCAGAAGGUCGUAAAAGAAAAAGACAUGGAGAUAUUGUUGUAUUUAGAAGAAGUCGAAAUACUCAAGGAGCAAGUUAAGGUCAAAACUAAUGAGCAUGAUCAGAUAAUGUUGGCCAUGGAGGACUCACUCAGGGAAAAAGUGGCCGCAGCUCUUGUAAGCGAAGCCCAACUCAAAGCCAUUCAGUUACACACCAAACGUAUGCAUGCAGAUGACAGAUCUUCGCCUGUGAUGGAAGAGUCCAAAAUAUUGCAGACCCAUGGUCCCAACCUCUCUCAAGAAGGGGAGUUUGAAUCAAAGUCAGCUGUUCUCAACCUACAACCUAUAGAACUAGGGAAGCAGCUGUCUGAUCUCCACGAACAGCUUCGGGUCGAAAGAGAUCAGGUUAUCUUCACUAACCAACUAGCUGCCGAAAAGGAAAAGCAAUUGGUUGAACUGCAGCAACUCUUGAAGAGCCCAAAGGGGAAACAAAGCGUCACUUGGGCAUCUACUGAAACCAGAGAUGGUGCUCUGUUACAGGGAAGAAGCACAAAGCAGUCCAGAGAAAUUACUGACCUGGAAAAUCAGCUUCAGACACUUACUGAAGAGGCAAUAGCUACCAAAGAGGAACUGUGCCAUUACAGAGAGAUGUCAGAGAAAUUAAGAGAGGAACUGAUGGUAAACGAGUCUCGCCUAGUCCAUCUGGAAAAGGACUUCAGAGAAGUGAAGAAAUGCCUCUCCAAUGCUGAGGAGAAGUUGGCAUUUUACAUGAAGCGAGAAAUUCAGGAAGAGGAGCUCCAAAGCAUGUCCGAUAUUGAUUUACCACAUGUGCGGAGCCCGGACUGGACAACACUGGACAGGACCACCUCCUAUUCACAGACUGACAGAAUCCCAAGUGUUAACAACAGCAACCAGACCUCACAGAUCCCAAGGAAGCAUGUUGGGGUGCAGAAUGAGCUGGAGACAGGGCUAAGCAGCUCCUCUGAUGAGGUUGCAGAAUUAAUGGAACAGUACACUGAGAAGAUCAGUCAGAUGCAGGAACUCCACGCUGCCGAGAUCCUGGACAUGGAGUCCAGACAUAUUUCAGAAUCGGAAUCUCUGAGGAGCGAACAGUACACCGUUGUUCAGGCCCUCACGGAUGAGUGUGACGCUUUGAAAGCUGUUAUUGAAGCCCUGAAAUCUCCUGGAGGAGGAGUGCCCGAUUCCGUGCUGUCUACAUCAUAUCAUUUAACAGAUGCAACCUCUAGCGAUGUUGGCACAGAGUGUGACUGGAGCCAGGGGACGUAUGAUGCACAGAGCUUUGACCAGAUACCAGAAGGACUGAGGGUUGAUGAGGAUGAUAUCCAUACAGAGUUAAUUCCCAGCAAGAUCAAGGACUUGUUACGAGCCGUCCAUCAGGAGGGCAUGCAGGUGCUGUCAUUGACAGAGGCAACCAGCCCUGAAAAGGAGCCGACUUUCACUGUGAAGACUCAGCCCUGGCACGAGGAGAGGAAAUCUAUGCUUGAAACCAUUGCAUCUCUGAAAGAUCUAAUUGCUAAGAUGCAGAUUCACAAGGACUCAGAGGCUCAUACAAGGCCAGGCUUCCAUGACCUCCGGCCAGACUGGAGAGGGGAGAUGCUGCGAGCGAUUCAGGAAGUCUUCCAGAGAGAGCAAGAUGUCCUCAUGUCUGCUUUCCACUCUCAGCUGGCUUCACUGGGCAAAUGUGAUGCAAAUGCACUACUUAACCAAAUGCAGCACAGGCUUGAGGAGCAGGGGAUGGAGCAGAUCAAUGCCAUGGACUGUAUACAAAAUGCAGACCGGCGCAGUUUAUUACUUGAGAUUCAAGAUCUCCGGGCCCAGCUGUCAAGUCUGCACAAUGAUCCCGGGAUCCAGUCACUGUUUCAUCCAAACAGAGAAGCAGGAGCACUUUACAUUCACCAGGAGCAGGCCGCGCAUUCCCAGGAACUCCACAUGCAGCUCAUGAGCAUGGAGGUCAAAGCUGGAGAGUUGCAGGAGCAGCUGGGGUCCGAGAGACUUUUAGCAGCCGAAAUAAAGAGCGAACUUGCACUAACCAAGAUGGAACUCGAAUCAAAUCUUAAGCUGCAGCACAAGCACUUUAAGGAGCUGGAGGCUCUCCGGAUGGAACUAAAGAAAAAGAGAGAGGAACUGGAUAGAAUGAAUGAAGCACUUGCAAAUGAGCAGAAAAAGUGUCGAGAGUUACAAUUUGUCUUGGAAAAGGAGCAAACGAAGGGGAAACUGAAAGAGCUGCAGGAAAAAGAGGAUGUGGAGGACUUUCAAAUACUUCUAGAUGAGCAGAAAUUGAAGAAUCUGGAGAUCUCCAAGCAACUGGAAGAGGAAAGGAAGUUGGUGAAAGAUCUCCAGGAACAGAUGGAGUCCACAGAACGAGCGCACGACGCAGUGAUGUCUCAGGAAAGGAGCCGAGUGUUAGAACUGCAGGUUUUCCUGGACGCUGAGAAGGCGCGGUCAGCGGAGCUAAGUAGUACUUUGGAGUGCAGACAAGACCUACGGGCUCAUGUACAAAAUACCGAGACAGAUGGACAGUCAGGAGGCCAACCAGCCGAUGACGUGCUGAAGGAACUGCAGGGUCAGCUGGACAAUAAACAUGGCCGUAUAGUUGAACUGGUGAAUGAAGUUGAGGGUUAUAAGCUGGAGUGUGUACAACUGAGGCAGAACCUUGAGGAGGAGAGGCACAGUCUAAAGAAGGAGCUGGAAGCUGAGCAGGAGGCCUCCAGGCUGGCUGGAAAACAAGUGGAGGAACUCACAGUAGCAUUGGAAGGACUCCAGCAACAGGUUCAGGAGAGGGCGACUGAGAUCAGGAGACACCAGGCAGAGGAGAGACAACUGAGGGAGACGAUCCAGAGGUUACAGAACAGUGCACAGGAUCACAAGGACAGCGCAUGCGAGACAAAGGAACCUGCUCAAAGUUCUGUUGCAGUGAGAAGUUCUCCGACCCUGGGAAGGAGUACGGUACAGCCUCGGACUGGAAGCCCCCCGAAUCUCCUGUGCCCUGAUCCUCUGAGUGUUGUCAGUGGAGACCCUGGAAUAGAAGGGGCUUCUUUCAGCAUAGACUACAUCAAGCGAAGGUUGCAGCAAGUGGCAGCUAAACUGAGACAGCUGGCAGCCAAAUCCAGCCAGAGGGUGCUCUUUGAGAGAGCUGAUGAUGAGGACUUGGCCUGGUCGCAAAACAGCAUUCAGGAAAUUCUGUCUCAGAUGGAGCAUGUGGCCAUUUUAUCACUACAAGGACAGAAGCUAGUGUUACCAUCAGGAAUAUCCGCCAACACUCUGACAGAGAAGCUUCUUACCCAGAAUGCUGAGCUGACCGGGUAUGUCAGUAGGUUAACCGAAGAAAAAAAGGACCUGCAGAAUUCUCUGUUAAGGCUGGAGGGAGAAGUAUCUCACUACAGAGCAAGAGAGCCAUCCAGAGACCAUUCUCCGGUGGAUAACUUCCUGAACACAGAUACACUUUUAGUAACAGAGAGAGAAGCGUGGAGCAGAGAGAAGCUCAGCCUGCAUAAGUCUCUGAAGCAGACAGAGGCGGAAUUGUCCAAAGUAAAAUCAGAGCUGAGGAAUGAAGUCAUGCAGAGGGAUUUUGGUCGGGGGACCGAAAACACAACACUGAAAAGGGUUUAUGGAAAAUACCUGAGAUCGGAGAGCUUUCGGAAAGCCCUGAUCUACCAGAAGAAGUACCUGCUGCUUUUACUUGGAGGGUUCCAGGAGUGCGAGGAGGCCACGCUAGCUCUGAUAGCCAGGAUGGGCGGACACCCAACCUACACUGACCUAGAAGUGAUCACCAAUCAUUCUAGAGCCUUCACUCGUUUCCGUUCUGCUGCCAGGGUAACCAUCGCCAUUUUCAGGAUGAAAUUUCUGGUACGGCGGUGGCAUCGAGCCACAAUUUCCACCACGAGUGGGACAGACCGAAACAGCUGUGGGCAAGGUGCGGGUGAGACGAGCAUGCUAAAAAGUAACGAGGUGAGUACGGACUCAGCCUGUCACCCCGCCAGAAGCCUAGAGAGAAUCUCAACUUGUCGCUCCCAGUCCGGCUUCAAUUCUCCGCAGUCCACUGUGAAUUCCCAGCACAGGUACACCUCUGCUUCUGAUGCAAGUCCCUGCUUUCAUCUCCAGCACUACGAUCCGGACAGAGCACUGACAGAUUAUAUAACUAGGCUCGAGGCCUUGCAGAAAAGACUGGGCAGUGUGCAGUCAGGGUCAAGUGCAAACACAACACACUACAGCAUAAGAAGAUAAAACCCUUGCAAUAACUGACUUGCCUUCUGUAAUAUUGUGCUGCUUCCGUUAACCUGUAUUGUGUUUAUUGUGGGACCAACAUCCGCCCGACAACAAUCUGACAUGAAGAAGCCACAUCAAGCCGUCUAGAUUUUCUGUAUAUCAGCUUCUUUUCUUUUUUUUUUUUUUUUUUUAAAUCAGCUGUCAAUGACAUGUACAUUAUGUGGAUUUCUAAUUUAAUUGAUUAACUUAUAUGUAUUUAUCAAGAGGGUGAAAGGCAAUUGUUUGUAUUAUGGACUGGGAGGCCAGAGGCUGAAGCGACUGUCUCGUCCUACCGUUUGCUGCGAUAUCGCAGACUGGACAUAUCAUAUGUAGAGACCUAUUUUUGUAAUGGUAGAAGUUUUGAAUUUUAUGGGUAUUUUGUCAAAGUACUGAAAUAAAUUUCAUCAUUUUAACAAUUUCA